AUGGCCAAAUUGCCCUUCUUCAACAAAGCUCCUCCGCGGCCUCCCACCGCCGGACGGUCCCGCUCCACCGUUCUCUGGCAUCGCAUCCUCCGCUCCUUUUUCUACCUGAUUGCCUGGAUCUUCCUCAUCCUGGUGGUCAUCGGCAAUCUCUCCAACAAGCCGGUCCUGCGCAACACUUAUUUCCUUAAGAUCGAUCUCUCCAACAUCGUCCCGCUCUCCAUCCCCAAUGCCGUCCUGAUCAACAGUAUCGCCCGGUCUAUCGGCUUGCACGAUUUUUACCAGGUCGGUUUGUGGAACUUCUGCGAGGGCUACAAUGACAGUGGCAUCACGCAUUGCUCGAAGCCUGAGACCCUGUACUGGUUCGAUCCGGUAACGAUCCUGUUGAGUGAAUUGCUCUCGGGCGCUACGAUCGCCCUCCCCGGAGAUAUCACCUCGGCGCUUCAAAUCGCCCGCAAGGCCUCGUACUGGAUGUUCGGGCUCUUCCUCACCGCGACGGUGCUCACCUUUGUGAUGAUCUUCCUCUCUCCGCUCGCCACCUCCUCGCGACCCCCGCAAUCGCUCUCCUCCGACGCUUCCGUCAAUGCCGCCUCCCCGACCCAUCGCCGUCGCACCUUUGUGUUCUUCCGCUCUCUGCCCUUCCUGCUCCUCACAUUCCUGACCGCCCUCUUCACUAUUGUUCCCUCCGUCGUCGCUACCGUCAUGUUCAUCAUCUUCAAAAACGUGUUCACCAACUCCGCCCAGGACUUGAACAUCAACGCCGAGGUCGGCUCGCAGAUGAUGGCUUUCAUGUGGGUGGCGUCUGCCUUUAAUCUGUUGCCUUUCCUGUGGCAGCUGGGGUCGUGUUGUGCGGCCUGCUGCGGUGGCCGGAAGGCCAGGAAGGAGCUGAAGCGCGCGGGGAGUCCGGGGGCGGGUACGAAUACCGACUCGAAUGGUUCGGGGUCCUUGGAUCGCGAGAAGGUGAGGAGUCCGCUGGAUUGA